AUGGAAACAGAUGAGGCUCAAGAUAUGUCCCAGGUUUCAGGAAAGGAAAGUCCUCCUAUUAGUGAUGUCCCAGAUGAUGCAGAUGAGCCUAUGCCUGUACCAGAGGACCUUUCAACUAGUACUGGAGGACAGCAGAGUGCUAAGAAUGAGAGAGUCUUGGCCGGUAAUAUUAAAAUAGAGACUCAGAGUGAUGAAGAGAAUGGGCGUGCCUGUGAAAUGAAUGGGGAAGAAUGUGCGGAGGAUUUACGAAUGCUUGAUACCUCGGGAGAGAAAAUGAAUGGCUCGCACAAUGGCCCAGGCAGCAAGGCUAUGUCAGGAGUUGGAGGCAUUCGACUUCCUAACGGAAAGCUAAAAUGUGAUAUCUGUGGGAUAAUUUGCAUCGGUCCCAAUGUGCUCAUGGUUCACAAACGAAGCCACACUGGAGAACGCCCUUUCCAGUGCAAUCAGUGCGGGGCCUCCUUUACACAGAAGGGCAACCUCCUGCGCCACAUCAAGUUGCACUCGGGUGAAAAGCCCUUCAAGUGCCACCUGUGCAACUAUGCCUGCCGCCGCAGGGAUGCCCUCACGGGACACCUGAGGACUCACUCGGUUGGAAAACCCCAUAAGUGUGGAUACUGUGGUCGCAGCUAUAAGCAGCGCAGCUCUUUGGAAGAACAUAAAGAACGCUGUCAUAACUACCUGCAAACCAUGAAUAUCUCAAGCAGCCUUUAUUCAGUCAUAAAAGAGGAAACUAACCAGAGUGAAAUGGCUGAAGACCUGUGCAAGAUAGGGUCAGAAAGAUCCCUCGUGCUGGAUAGACUAGCAAGUAACGUCGCCAAACGUAAGAGCUCUAUGCCUCAGAAAUUUGUUGGUGAGAAAUGUCUGCCCGAUCUCCCAUACGAUGCCACCACCAACUAUGAGAAGGAGAAUGAGAUCAUGCAGACGCAUGUGAUAGACCAGGCCAUUAAUAACGCCAUCAGUUACCUGGGGGCAGAGUCCUUGCGUCCCCUUGUCCAGACACCACCAGGCGGUUCUGAGGUGGUGCCCGUCAUCAGCCCCAUGUAUCAGCUCCACAAACCUCUCGGGGACAGUCAGGCUCGCUCCAACCACACAGCUCAGGACAGCGCGGUGGAAAACUUAUUGCUGCUUUCCAAAGCCAAAUCUGUCUCCUCCGAACGUGAUGCCUCCCCCAGCAACAGCUGCCAAGACUCAACAGAUACAGAGAGCAAUAAUGAGGAGCGCAGUGGUUUAAUUUACCUGACAAACCACAUAGGUCCCCAUGCAAGAAAUGGCAUCUCCAUAAAAGAAGAAGGCAGGCAGUACGAAGUCCUGAGGGCAGGUACUGACAAUUCCCAGGAUGCUUUCAAAGUGAUCAGCAGCAAUGGGGAGCAGGUGAAAGUUUACAAGUGCGAACACUGUCGAGUCCUUUUCUUGGAUCACGUGAUGUACACGAUCCAUAUGGGCUGCCACGGGUUCCGCGAUCCUUUCGAAUGCAACAUGUGUGGCUACCACAGCCAGGACAGGUACGAAUUCUCUUCCCACAUCACUCGAGGGGAGCACCGUUUCCAUAUGAGCUAAAACUCCUCUGGCACAGAUCAAGCCUCACAGCUGUGUUCCCGGAGCUGCACAAGCCACAACAGCCACAAAGCACAAGUCAACUGGACAGCGAAAGUAACAGAAGAAUCAGAAGUUCAACCAUCUUCUCCCACAAGAAAAGAUAUUUCCUUUUGGUAGCAUGCAUUGCAACUCAGUUUUCUAAAAUGAGUACUAAAGUUUUUACUGAAAAUGUCUGAUCACCAAAAACCUUUAGUAAUGUAAGUAGGAGCUUUUGUAGUCAGGUAGCUGAAAAGCCUUCCCUUAAUUGAUGCUUCUUGCAAACCUCCCUUGCCAAAACUGUUGACCCUGCACAGGAUGCACCAGGUGGACGAGGACGCAUCGGGCAGGAGUGGCCAAGCUUUCUCUCUUAACACCCUGAGCAUAGGGCCCUUACACCAGAUGUCUGGUUUUUUACAUCCUGGUAUUAUUUGACUCUUUUUGGGAAAAUUAUACUCAACUAAAGAUGGAGGGGCCCAUCUCAGAUGACUUCACAGACAGUUGGGGUGGGACAGGA